AUGGAUGCUGUCCUCGGAAGCCAUGUCGUGUUCGUGGAACGCUUAAUGAGGGAAGAAGGCUUCAAAGCACACCUUCUGCAUGUUAAUUCCAAAGGCAAGAACGUCUUGUACGCGGCAUCAACCAAAUGCAAGGUAAAAAUGUUUCAUACCCUGCUUCCACGCAUGCGGGACCUCAUCCACAGCCCCGACAACGAUGGCGAGACAGCGCUUGUCCACAUAAUCAAGGGUGAAAAGGUGCACGCAGAUCAUGUCGAUUGCUGUCACCAAUGGUUACGACGAUUCAAAUGA